UGAAUACAGCCGUGAAUCAGCUGGUAAUGGCCAGUCGAUCUCUCCAGAACUUCUUUGGAUACCAGAUCUUGAAGGACAGUUGCGAAGACCCUCAGAGCUGUUCGUGCCAGACAUGCCGUGGGUGUCGAAUGAUACCUUAUCGAUCUUGGACGCUUACAAGAUUCAUACAGACAUUACCCUUGAGCAGGGCCUCUCCUUUGGCGUGAGCCGCGGGUCCGCCAGGUUGCUGGAUGCUCUGAAGAUUCCGACAGAUGUUUCCGCGCGCCAGAGCGACGAGAGUUUCCGCCGCUUGCGAAGCAGUUCGAAGCCCAGUGGGUCAGACUUCGAUUUGGUCGUCGAAAUGGUUUUGAGCAUUGCCGAGGAAGCAGAGGCAACGUUCGUCCGGAUGGUCUGGGACGAGCAGGUGCACGCGAAGAUCAGCUUAUUAUCACAAGAUAUGGGUCAGUUCCAGGGCAGGAGCAUUUCUUUUUUCUUCGAUGGAAAAUUGUCCAGCGACCAUUGGACAUCUCUAGUGCAGUUCUGCCCACAGUGGUCGCCAUUGUUCUGGUAUUCAAAUCUGCCGUCCGUGUUGUCAGCAGACCGCGUCUGCUUCUUGGGCCGCCAGCUCAGCAGCAUCAGAGGUAAUAGCACUGAAGAGCGCGUGCUUCAAUUGCGUACGAAGGCAGCAUCGUCAGGCACGACUCUGGACAAAUUUUGGCCGCAUCAGUUCUCCCCGUACUCGAUCGCGGCUGAUGGUGCUGACGCGUGUUCUGGAGCAUUCUGCGGUACGGUGAUCCGGAUGCCUCUCAGCAGUUCAGAUGGGCCUCGCUUCGAACUGCUUGUGGAUGGAAUUGUCAAAAAAUGGCAGGAGUGGCUGCUCUUCUCACAGAAGGUACAGAGCUUCAGCAUUUAUCAUCGAGAUGCCGAGGGCACAGCCGUGGAAAUCGUCAGGAUGGGGGCCACGGUGUCUCCGGAUACAGAAGUCAGCCAUGCAUCAUUUCCCGGAGUUUCGUUCGAGAUUCGGGAAUUGGCACUCCACAGCUUCCCAGGUCGGUGGUGUAAGGGUGAGUUCGACGUUCUACGAGAAGGACCUCAGCCGUCUCAACCUGGUCAGUCUGCCCCAAGUGGCACUUUUGGAAAUGCGAAAGACCAUCACAAGAACGUUGUUCCGGCGCCUCGUAGGUGGCUUCUUGCAAGGCGCUUCCCUCAGGCUGAUAGUGUGAAGGCGUGUAUUUCGCUUGCAGCGUGCUUCACACGCGACUCGUUAGAACAGCCUUUGUUUGGAACGUCUUUCUCCCUAAUGAAACAGUCUCCUGUGCUCGUUAAAGGCGUUCACAUCCAUGGCCUGGACCAGUCUAUCCUGUCUGCAGAUUUCUGAUGACCAUUCGGAUGAGUUGAGAAGGUCGCAGUUGCGGGAAUUGGCAGUCGCCCUGGCAGAUGUCGCCUUGCGUUUAUUUCAAGCGGAGCGCAACAUCCGAGCAAGUUUGGUACCCGCGCCAGGAUGCGUUGCUUCAUAUCCAGAGCAGUUGCUCAGCCGCUUCGAGGUGGAGGGCACCUCUCUGAAGGACUGCCGCCCUGCGCCUGCCGAGGCAUUCCUUGCUGCGCGUCCGCGGCUGAGAGGCUGGUUGGCUGAGAAGUUGCACCUGGUCGUAGUGCCGGAAGAGGUGAAGGGGCUUCUCGCUGUUCAUGUUGACCCUGCCACUGAGCUGAUUCGAGUCCUGACAGGACUCACGGAUUUGCCUCAUGACCUCGCUGUCUCCGCUAUAGAAUGGCUGUUCAAAGCUUACGACGAUCCCGCUCGUGGCUUCACCCCCGAGAUCAAAAGAUCGCUCCAGCUGUUGCAGAGAGAGGAUGGUACAUUUGGGACGUUCGGUUCAUAUACAUGGAGUUGCCCAGGUCCAAAGCGCGAGCUGGUCCAUUUUCAGAAGCCCAGCAAGCACGUAGUGAAGGACACAAGGGUGAGCGAGCAUUUCGAUUCCCGGCUCGGCGUCCUCGACCCGAUGAAGCUCAGCGACGUUGCCCUGAGCGUGGAUGGCAUCGCGGUGGACAAAUUUUGGAAGGUGCACGCGGAGGGUGGCUACAAAGAUCAGGACCUUUGCGUGCUCGAAGGCAAGAUGCAUGUGCAUGUGAGAACCCGCCACGGGAAAGCGCUAAGAGCGCUGCAGCGGUACGGCGCUGUCUCCACAGCAGAUGAACUUGACGCUUUGCUUGCGAUCGGUUGUGUGCAGGCCCUUGAUCCAGUCCCCGCUCCAUAUGCCGGCACCGAGACGUUUCAUGUUGUCAGGCAUUUGAGUGUCCUUCGAGGCAGUAUUGAUGUUUCGACGGCGACCAGCACUCAAAAGCAUAACAUAUUCCAGCGGUAUCUCCUACCAGGCAUUGAAGACUCGUCGGCAAGACCCGUGUUGAUGGAGUUGCCUAUUGUGAAGUGUGGCCGGCAGCAUUAUGCCCUGAAGAAUUGCCGUUUUGUGAAUUCCACCAGUCUUGCCCAGAAACUUGAAGAUGUCGGUUUACCUGUCCUCAACACGUCCAGCAUGUUCAACGAUCAUCGCGUCGUUUUGCAAGGGCACUUCGCCAAACCAGGUGACAUUCUCAGCCACUUUCACAACCAGUUGGCAAAUUCUGGGCUCACCGAGCAGUUGGCAGCAGAGAUCUUGCUUGAGGCAGCGCGUGCUGCAAGUUCAGAUCCUGACCAGCUGAAGUUGGUUGCCAAGUGCAGGAUCUUGCGUGAGGGCCGCUGCAUGAGCGACUUGUGGCAUCCAGGAGAUGAGCUUGCCUUCGUUCUGGGCGUGGUGGACCGGUCCAUUCAGCAGGCCGUGUCCCAACUUGCAGCAAUAACAGAUAUGGCGCAUUGCAUGAAAGCAUGCUCGAAGCCAGCGGAUUUGAUGGAGCUCCUGCGGCAGUCAGAUCUUCAGCGGCUGCGGGCAGGAGCGUGCGACCGUGUCGCGAAUGCGCUUCAUGAAGUUCUGCAAGGGAUGAGCGAGGAGAGUGUCAAGCAGAUCACGUCUGCAGGGUUUCGGUCAUUGCCCGUGAUCUACGCGAAUGGAUCUUGGCACAAGAGCGAACAGGUGUACCUGCAAUGUUACAAAGACCUCCUUCCAGAUUGCAAACCUGUCCUCAAUCGUCAUUUUAGGCAGACUGCGAGCGCACGGUCACUUUUUGCUGGGAGGCCAGCCGUGGAUUUGGUGGCGGAGCAUUUGGUGGCCCUGUGCGAGCACCCAGACAGGGUGCAUCCCGACCGCAGUGCGUUUCUCAGGAUUUACGACUACCUCAAUACUGAGUUGAAGACUUCCCAGUCAGCAGCGCCGCAAUGUUUGAAGAGUGUCCGGUGCAUUCUGGAUCAGGAAGGGAAGCUGUUUCUCCCUCGACACUUCGGCCUAGAGUUGCUGAUGGACCUGGCUCCGUUCCACAUGGUUCCAGAAGAUGUGAGGCCAUACAAGUACCUGCUAGUGGAUCUCGGAGCCAAAGAGAAAGGAGGUGGAGAUCCUUUGCCCGAUCCCGUACUGCCGACCGAGAUAUGCGACAAAUUGCGCACAGACCUUGAAUGCGCAGAUAUUCAGCUUCAAGCUCGAGAUGGUGUGUUGCCAGGCCACCGGUGCAUUUGGCAUUUCGCUGCAAAAAACCUGGGUAGUUUGUUGCCGCCAGACCAGAACGUGUCCUUGAUUCUGCCUUGCUCCAUGGCGGCGCUAGCGGCUGUCCGCGAUUUCGUGUAUACUGGUAGGGUGGACUUUGAGGCCAUCUCCAAGUUGACGCCCGCGCAUCAACACGAGAUGCGCGCUGCAGCCAGGGCGCUCAACAUCCCAUACCUAGCUGAGUACAUGAAGCAAUUUCUCGCAGGUGCCCCACCAGAUAUCGAAGACCCUUAUCGUGGCAGUACGGACUUGCCUCAGCAUUGGGCCCGUAACAUCGGCAAUUUGUCUCAGGGAUGGCGUCUGGAGAAUUUGCAAGAUCCUGACUUGCUUGGGAUUCUCCAGCAGGUCUUGACGCCCGGGAAUCCAUCUGACUUGGGGCAUGGCCGCGAUUGUGGAGGUUGGCCAUCGUAUCGGCAGCUUAAUUCAAGGGUUAUGCUUGGCCUGGCGCAUCGAGCACGAGGGAUUGUGGUGGAAGUACCGCGCUGAGCGUGACACCCUGAAGAAAUUGCGGAAGAACUCAUUGAAUAAUCUGCCACCAGUUAGGUUACGCCAAGCGCAUUUCAGGGCUACCAAGCAACUUCCAGGAGACAAGCUCCACCAGGAUGUCAACGAGGUUUUCUUGCUACAUGGUACCAAGCCUGAUUCUCUACUGGCGAUUCUACAGAACGGCCUGAACGAGCGCUUCUCCUCGGGCCUGUUCGGACGAGGCUCGUACAUGGCAGAGGAUCCCGCGAAAUGCGACCAGUAUUGCACUGUGGACGGCCAGUACAAACCAUCUGAAGAUCUACACAGGAGGUUGUUUCGGGAUGGUGUGCGGCAUCCUGGCGAUCUCUUCUACAUGAUCGUCUGUCGGACCUCAUUGGGCUGGGCGGUCAAGACCAAGGACAACGAGGUUGCUAUCGGUGGCGGGUCUGUAUGGGCCACGCGAGACUGCCGAGAACUGGCGACCAUCCCCAAACAGAGCAAUCCCAUAAACUAUCACGCCCUGAUCGCUGAGGUUGGUGGGAAAGUGCACCGGUUUCGCGAGUUUGUGCAGACGCAUAGCGAUCGCAUAUACCCUGAGUACCUUCUGGCAUACCAGCGGCGUUGAUGCCUUCGGCUUGCCACAGUCGCGCGUAGCCAAUGUGGCGUGGAAUUUGGGCCUUGGCUCCAGGCGUCGCAGGCGGCUGCCAAAAAGUAGCCGGCUGCCGCGACUGGCCACAAGCACACGCGUGCUUCGUUGGGUCCCCCGUUCGCCAAAGUUUGAAAGGCGGGCUUCGUAGGAGUACACAUCUUUCCUUUCGAUGUUUCCAGGAGGGGUUAGAUCUUGAGCGUAUCUUAUGCUGACUUCUGAUUCUGCUGCGUUCCUGCACUAAUCGCCGGAACAGGUUCGAAACGAACGAUGUGUAUGCUUCAGGUGGAGCUGCAAUGCGGCUUUUGAUGUAGGAACGACUGCAAAUCAUGCGUCAUCGGCUUAUGCCUUAUGACGUGCGCCCACCACGUAUGUGGACGGCCAACACAUGCCGUUUGAAUCUCUGCAUCUGAGGUUAGUUCGGGAUGUCGUUCGGCAUCCUGGAAAUCUCUUCUAUCUGAUCGUCUGCCGCAUCACAGAUGGGUUGGGUGGUGCGACCGAUGUUGGGCUGGCGUGGUCCACACCUUGAUUGCUGAGGUGGGUUGGCGAGCGUGCCGGCAUCGCGAGUCGCUGUAGAGGGACAGCGAGCGAGAGUACCCUCUGGCGUACUGUCAACCCGCAUAGUAAGGAUGAUGGAGUUGACGCCGUUGACUUGCCACACAGUCGCGCGCAGCGAAUGUGGCGUGGAAUGUGGGCUUUGGCUCCAGGCGUUGCAGGCGGCUGCCAAAGUGUAGGCGGCCAUCGCGACCGACUUACCUCUAAGCGCACGUGUGCUGCGCUGGGUCCCCGUUCGCCUCAGUUUAAAAGGCGGGCUUCGUAGGAGUACACAUCUUUCAUGUCGUGUU